GCGCAGUUAUAAAAUCUUCCACUGAUGAAUCCCAUCAUAAAAUACAUUCUCUCCCUUUAGCAGGAUUGAUCUUUCAGGGGGAUUUUUUUCAAUUCAAAUACUAAGGAUGAAUGUGCUCUAUCUUUCCAUUCUUACUAUUUUAUGCAGGUUUGCUUCAAGUGCAGACUGGUGUUAUCAGUCCCAAGUAACGUGCAACAACACGUGUGUAGGACCGGAUAAAUGGGCAACCGUUGCCAAAAAUUGUGGAAAUAGAAAACAGUCACCCAUUAACAUUGUAACAAAGAACACUUCUGCCGACAGUCAUCUGACCCCAGUGCAGUUUACAGGCUAUCAAGAGAUUAUCAGUGGUGUCCUUACAAACAAUGGACACACAGUGCAAUUGAAUCUUCCAAAUGGAGCAAAAAUUAACGGGGCCAAUUUAGGAUCCACGUACAAAGCUCAGCAGCUUCACCUGCACUGGGGCAAGAACGGUGGACCUGGAUCAGAACAUACAAUAGAUGGAGAGAAAUACCCUAUGGAGCUGCACAUUGUACACAUAAGAGAUAAUUACACCUCCGUGGAACAAGCCAUUGGCGACCCUUCUGGGGUGGCUGUUCUUGGAUUUUUUUAUGAGGAAUCAGACAAUGCCAAUAACAAAUAUGAAGCCAUCAUAAAUUCUCUGAAAAAUAUUACACACCCUGGCACCAAUGUGACACUUGGAUAUGUAUCAUUGGACAUGCUUAUCCUCCCCCAUGAUGAAUUGGAGAAGUAUUAUCGCUACGAGGGGUCUCUCACCACACCAGGCUGCUCUGAAGCUGUGGUCUGGACAAUAUUUGAGAAAACAAUACCACUCAGUAAAGAACAGCUUUCUGUAUUUUCAAACUUGAUGUUUUCUGAUGGGACUGCCAUGGUAAACACGUACCGGCCCGUUCAGCUGCGGUAUGGACGUAAGGUGUAUUAUUCUAGGAGUUUUGUUUUUUGUGUUAGCACUGCCUUAUUGAUCAGCUCUGUUUUCACAUCACUCUAUGUUCUCACAGUCUGAGGCUGUGCUUUUGGGGUACUGCUCGAAACAAGUUUUUUUUUUUUUUUAAAUAAUAACUUAUGAAUUCAAGACAAAUCAAACUUUAUUGAUGUUCAGCUAUACUAUUUUCUAACAUAAAAUGAACCUAAAGCACACCCCACAUCAGAGGCCUUCUCGAAUGAUUUAUACAAAAGUCAUAAUUGAACUGAUAUUGUUGAAAAAACUGUUGUAUGAAACAUUAUUUAACUGUGUCUGUUAUAAGAAUGUAAAAUAUAUAUUGUGCUGUUUUGACAUAUUUGUGGAAACGAUGUGAAAAAGGACAUGGUUUGACACUGCAAAUAUAUAGAGGACAGAAAUACAGUUCACAUGAGACAAUACUUAAGAAGCCUUUUGGGGGAUUUAUUGUAAAUACUAAUUUUUUUUGUCUGUAUUGUUCUAAUUGUAAAACAAAAAACUAAAUAAAAUAAAUAAAUGGUCUAACA